AUGCCUCCACGAAAUCGUAGACAGGCGUUUCACCUGCCCCUGACGCUGUUGAUUUUCUUUAUUCUCUUUUUGCUGGUGUUGUAUUUUGCCGUGGCACCCGAUCCCAACGAAAAUCCAUUGCUGCCUGGUGCUGGCACAAGCUCUCAAAGCCAGAGAUAUCACAAGGUGGCUCAACAAGCCGAACAAAAACUUCGAGCCAGUGUCAGAAAGAAGAAAGAACUCUUGGGCAUUGCACUCGAUUCUUUAUCGACGACACAUUUGCCACCCAGACUCAAGGAGCUCCGACAGAAACACGAGAUUGUGGGGGAACGAUUGGGCGAAAUCAAGGCCGGAAAGGAGACUGUCCAAGAGAUUCUACAUGCUGUGCACAAUAAGCACAUGACCAGCGACAAACCGCCUAUGGAAUUGGAGGAAAUCAUUGACUACCUUACAAAUUGGAUUCAUACAUUGCACGAUACCCUGAGUGAGCAUAAAAUGGCCACCUUUGAGGGAAUUUGGCAGGCAUACCAUGACUUGACAGUCAAGACACUAUAUGUUUGGGAUCAAGACUACUUGUCUCGAAUGCCACCACGACGAGAAGAUGGAAGCAUUUUCUUGUCGGUUGCCACGUAUCGGGAUGAAAAUUGCAUCAAAACUUUGACCAAGGCAUAUGAAAAGGCCAAGAACCCAGAAAAUCUGUUCAUUGGUUUAGUCCAACAAAAUUGCCACAGCAACUGUCGAAGCGGAGUCCUCGAGGGCGGAACCAUGGAAGAGGUAGAGCCAGAUGAGGACUGUCGCAAAUUGUUCUGUGACAGUGACCAAGGGAAAUAUUGCGAUAAUGUCAGACUCUUGGAUAUUGAUGAACCUGAAUCCUUGGGUCCCUAUGCCGCCCGAUACUUUGCUUCCAAACUAUGGUACGGAGAGGAAUGGUUCAUGCAAACGGAUGCUCACAUGACAUGGAAGCAGGAUUGGGACGAGAUUAGCGUAUCCAUGCUCAAAAGCGCCCCUUCCAAGAAACCAGUCAUUUCGCACUAUCCUCCUUCGCACAUGGCAGAUUUGGAGGCCAUGGCGGACAGACCUGCUAGCAGACUAUGUGGACCCAUCUUUGCUACAAGUGAUCUAGAAUCACAAAUCAUCCGCUUAGAGGGAGCUAGUAACUACGACAAGAAAAAGCUCGAUAUUCCUCGAUUUGCCCCCUUUACCGCUGCAGGUUACUUUGUUGCGCAUUCCGAAUUCCUGCGUGAUAUUCCAUUUGAUCCAUUCCUUCCUUGGAUCUUUAUGGGAGAAGAGAUCAUCAUGUCCACACGUCUAUGGACUGCUGGAUACGAUAUCUUUAGUCCCUCUCAAGCAGUGGUUGGCCAUGUCUAUGUGAGAAGGCACAAACCCAAGUUCUGGGAGUCCGUUCACCGGGCAUUCCGACCCGGAGUGCACAAUCCAUUGCAAGCCAUGGUUCUGAAACGAAUCAAGCACCAACUUGGAUACCCCGAGUGUGCUACUGAUAUGCUAGAAACAAAGAGCCUGUUGACGGCUGUCGAGCACUACUCCAUGGGGACAGAGAGGCCGCUAUCAGCAUAUCUUGAAAUGGUUGGUCUCAACAUGACAACCAAAGAAGUCACCAUUACCAACUGGUGUGAGACUGGUUCUCCUCCACCAGGCUUUGAAGAUCUUGCUCAUCUUUAUCAAUAG